GAAUUGAUUUUCUCUCUCCUUUCGAAUAUAGUUCAGUCCAUUUUUAAGACUCGAACAGAAGAGUUCAUCGAGUACCCAGGCGACCCACGCUAAGAAACAGUAAAGCCCUACAACAUGAAUCGCCUUGUUAUCAUUUUAGUCUUGAUGGUGGCUCUGGCUUGGGCUCAAAAAGCCAACUACAGAGGGUACAAAUUGUUGCGGGUGACGCCCGAGACAACGGAACAACUGGCCUAUUUGGUCAAUUUGAGUCUGACGCCGGACACCAAGGGAUGGCUGACCGGAGACGAUAACGCGUUAGAUUUCUGGCGAGAUCCCACCGGACUUGGAGAGCCUGUUGACAUUUUGACCAAUAAUGGUGCGUUCUUGGAACGAGAGCUCACAUCGAGAGGGAUGUAUCCUUCGAUACUUAUGGAUGACGUUCAAAGUUUCGCGGACCAAAGGCAAGCGGAAAAUGCCGAUAGCAUCGCCGCGGGAAGUAAGUUCACCGAAACGUACCACACCUACGAAGAGAUUAUCGAUUACUUGAACCAGUUGGCCGGCAAUAAUUCGAUGGUUAGCGUCAUCAAAAUUGGCGAAUCGGACGAGGUUCGCGACAUCGUGACGGCCCGCAUUUCCAGCGGAGGAGGCGAUACCAAGCCCGCUAUUUACUUGGAAUGCGGCAUGCACGCCAGAGAAUGGAUCGCCCAUUCUACCUGUCUUUGGAUCAUUGAUGAGCUCACCACACUCUACGGCCAGAUACCGGAGAUUACCAGUUUGGUAGACCGUUUCGACUGGUUCAUCACGCCCGUCUCCAACCCUGACGGAUAUGUUUACUCCUGGUUAAAUGAUCGGCUUUGGCGGAAAAAUCGCAAAAUAAAUCCAUCGUCACUCUGCAUAGGGGUCGAUACCAAUCGAAAUUUCGAUGCAAACUUUGGUGGCAUCGGGAGUUCCGACGAUCCGUGCUCGAAUACGUACAGUGGCCCUUCGGCUUUUUCUGAAACCGAAUCGCGAGCCAUGAGGGACAUAUUACUGAGUCUUCAAGGACGUACAAAGGCCGUCGUGUCUAUCCACAAUAAUGCUCAAGUUUGGCUUUCGCCUUACGGUUACACGACGGAACGCCCCGUCGAUUACGACGAAAUGGAACGAGUCAUGUCGUUGGGAGCAGCGGCCAUUGAAGCAACUUACGGCACCCAAUGUCCUUUCGGCCCAGGCUCCGAAGUUCUCUAUUUCGCAUCGGGAACAACCAAGGAUUACGUUUACGGUACUCUGGGUGUAACUCACAGCUACACUUUGGAACUGCGAAACACGGAUGACGGGUUCAUAACUCCGACCACUUUGAUCGCUCCCGUGGCAACCGAGGCCUGGAACGGGAUCAAGGCUAUGGCCAACGCAAUUGCCUAAUUAACGUCAUCCUCACGCCAGUGCAUGCAUCCCUUUAAGCUAUUCACGAAUGUUUUCAACGAAGGGGAUGUACAGUAUAUUUUCAAAUAAGUGAAAUAUAAUGCAGCAAUACAAAUGUAGUUGAGAGUAAAACGCUGACAAAUAUAUCGGAAAUGGUGUGUAAUAAUUUUUGGUGUGUCUGUCUGUGUAUUGUGUUGUGUUGUGGAUAAUGUGAAACGUGGAUUACAGAGUAACGUUCUAAAUUGA